AUGCAGGCCGCUGCAGUGAUCUUCUCAUCGGCCUCUAGCUGCUUCUCUGCAUACAGCAGCGUGACGAGGUUGAUGAUGAAACUGGGGUGUUUGAGUAUAGUGGGAGUGAUAAGAGAGAAAGUGAACGAGGGAGAGAAGUGGGUCCUCCAAGUUAUACAUGGACGACGACGAAACAAGAGCUCCCUACAAUUCUACUGCAAAGGAGGAAGCACUAAUAACAACAAGGAAACAUUAACGGACGAAUCCCUCAAGGCAGCCAUCGCUUACUGCAAUGCCUCAUCUCUCUCCCCUCGUCUACAAGCUUAA